AGCUGGCUGCUGUGCCAUCUGCGUGCGCUCUCCUCAAUCAGCCAAGGCCAGUCACGUGAGUUACUGGGUAGUUCUCCGCUUGCCGUUGCUGUCAUGGACAUUUAAAAGGCCAGGAGAACGAGGCACUUAGAGACAGCGAUAUGGGCCAGGAAGGCAGCAAUUGAUCGAGGUCAGCCAUGACCCAGAAGGGGAUGCUAAUGUAGUGAGGGGCUGCUGGCCGUCAAUGGCAUCUUAAAGCUUUUCGGGGCUCCGUUUCUCUUCCUGCCUCUAUUUGGGCAUACUCCUUUGGUACCCGGGUAUUCCCUCAGGCAAUCAUAACCUUUGGCUCGAUCCUGAGACAGCACUCCAACCCCAGUAGUGCCCAGACUGACCGCAGCAGAUGAGACAGGAAGAUGGAACAAGAAACAGAGAAAGAAAAAAAGAGACUGCAAGUACACGAAGACAAGAAGAAACACGAGAAGCAGGGGAAGAAGAAGAUGAAGAAGAAGAAGAAAGAGGAGGAGGAGGAGGAGGAGGAGGAGGAGGAGGAGGAGGAAGAGAUGGAAGAGGAGGACCAGAAGGAGGAAAAUGACAGCAACUAUGACGCUGAAGAGGAAGACGAAGGAGAGGACAAAGGCGAUGAAGAUGAUUACAACCAGGAAGGAGAGAGCACCGAAGAGCAAGAGGAGACAGAGAGCCCAGGUGGAAAAUCCAAAAAACUGAUUUUUUCAACUCUGGUUGGAGGUGGCAUAAUUUCAAUCUUACUGUUUGUGGUCAGCCUUAGUAAGCAAGUGGAAAAAGGAACGGUUAUGAACCUAGAAGAACAGCGAUGCUCAGAUGACUCAACUGUGUGUCCAAAAGACUGGAUCAGAAUCUUUUAUAAAUGCUACUACCUAUCAUCGGAUCAAAAGACCUGGAAUGCCAGCCAAAAAAUGUGUAGGUCUCUUGGUGCUUCUUUGGCUACAUUCAACUCGAUAGAGGAAAUGGAAUUCCUGAUGAAACGUAUUGGCUCUUCUCCCUACUGGUUUGGUCUAAUAACUGAAAAUGGAGUCUCAUUCUGGACAUGGGAAAACGGAAGUUCGAUUUCCAGAUGGAUAUGGAUUAAAGGAACUGGUUGUGCCCAUUUAUCCCGUGGAGGCAUUUCUACUGAUAGUUGUAUGUCUCAAAGAAACUAUAUGUGCAGCAAAGUAGACAAAUGUUUCUAAGAAAGAGUGGCAUUCAUUGAAAGGAAAUUUAGGUUUUUCUUGGUGCACACAAAGGUAUAUACAAUGGACACUUCCCUUCCUCUCAAAUACUUUAUGGUGUAAAUAUAUAUGUGAGAAAUUUGGGGUUUUCUUUGUUUCCUGUUAUUUUUUAUACAGUACCAUGUGUGGUGAUGAAAAGGGGCAGAGGAAUCUCAGAGCUGUGUCUCUUGCUCUCACUUGUGGCUUGUGUUAGAGACAAGAAAAUGGCUAGGAGGAGGGAGUGAUGAAUGGUUAUGGAAAUACACAGCCUGUCCAAGAAGGCCAAGUCAAGUGUUGUGAUAGACUGUGAAAUGUUUCAUUCUCUCUCCUAAGGUUAACAAUUAAGAACUAUAAGCCAGGAAUUGGGCCGUUUAUAAGCAUAAUGAGGUGACAUCUAUAACUAGGAUGGGACAGCAUUUGGAAAAGCUAUAUCUGAACCGUUUUAUUGCAUCCCAGAACUUUAGGGUGGUUCAGAUGUGACUAGUUAAUAUCAUGCGUCCCAGAAAAGAGCCUAAUUAGAAUAACCAGAAAUUGAAAAGGCCAACUCCCUCUGGUCAAAAGGGGGAAAAAUCAUCAGAGGUGAUCUGGUUUAACCCCACUCUGAAGCAUGAAUCUCCUCAACAUUAUUGCCCUGCCAGUGUCUUAACUCCCUAAAGUAAUUGUGUUUCAAUUUUACUGCUUUUAUUUCCAAAUUCUUUUCUUUUAAAAAAAUAAAUGCCUUAUUUUGUAUCUUU